AUGUCAUACUACUUCACUAUCCUCUCCCCCACAGAUGUCCCUUUGUUUAACAUCGCCUUCGGCACCUCCAAAAGCGGUGGCGAUGGAAUUGCGCGCUUCCGAUUUCCGGAUACCGCACAAUACAUGAACCAAUUCAUCAUCCAUUCAAGUCUGGACAUUGUUGAGGAAGCACAGUGGAUGAAUGGGAACUUGUAUCUAAAACACAUCGACACCUACCCCCCCGCCUCAGCCUACAUCUCCGCCUUCCUCGCUCCCUCCGGCGCCCGAUUUCUCCUCUUACAUCAACCCCCUCAACUCCCCUCCACUUCCUCUACCAGCAGCGGAUCUUCUUCAAUACUAGGAGCAAGUUUCUCGGCCUCUGCCCUUGGAGGUGGUAGUUCCAGUCGCGCAUCAUCUAGUUCAAUCGGGGCGAACCCAACCUCCCCGCAGACCGAGGAGGCCGUGCGUCAAUUCAUGAACGAGGUUUACGAAAAUUAUGUCAAGACUGUGAUGAGCCCAUUUUACAGGCAAGGGAUGGAGAUUAAGAGUCCCGUGUUCAGGUCGAGGGUGACGGCUGCGGGAAGAAAAUGGCUGUAA